AUGUCAAAUUUGAACAUCCUAGCUGCAGGUGAUCAAGCCGAAAACUGGAAUCAUUGGCAUUUGGAAGAAGAGUUCCGUUUUAAUCAUGUUCCUUUCCAAACUUCUCAAAGUGGGCAGACAAGGCAAAGGAGUGGCGCGGUUGGUUCUCUCCGUGAGUUACACUUCGUAUCUUCUUUCAAACUGUUAGUCAACUUGCUUCUGAGCACCAAUCAAAUAACGCGGUCGGGCACUGUGGUUUGCUCAGCGGCACCUGAACAGGUACUCCCAAUUCAUAUUGAAACCACACAAGCGCCCCCGAAUUUAUCUCAGCAAAAGAAGAUGGAGCUGCGCCAUCCGCUAUCAGGCAAGUCUCCGGUCCAGCUAGAUGAAAACCACGACCCCACCGCCUCAACUCAGUUUCCACAUGAAUCAAACUCAGAGGAUGCCGGACCCUUCGGGAAUCAUAUUUUCUCAGACCGAUUCAGCUCUCCUUCAAUCCUUCCGACCUACUCAUCGAUCCCAUCCACACUAGCCCCUGGUGAUCCAGAUGCCCUAGUCAAGCCUGCUUUUCAGACUGAGACACCAAGUCCAACAUUUAAUGAGCAUCCCACAAUUGCUCCUAGCGCACCAACACCACAUACUCCAAAAAAGGCGACUAUGGAGAAGACUUUAAAGCCCACUGGGCGAAAUUUCAAGCGGCCUGCCAUGAAGCUGAAGGCUGCGAAAAUAUCGGAGGCUAGCGAAGAGCUGAAGGCUACCAAUAAGUCGGAGGAAAAUCUUGAAAAAAUUCUAGGGCUGGAAGGUAUUCAGGAAAAUGCCUGA